AUGGAUGGAAACAUUGUAUUAACAAAUACAUGUGCAUUUGAUGCAUUAGCUUCAUUAAUAAUGGUUUCAUACUGUGACAGCAAUAAAUAUUCAACAAAGAUUGAUUUCAAUCAUAACGAGUUUUUGAACUUUAUUUCCAAAAUUGUAAAAAACGGAAUUACAUCGGCAACUUACUCUGAACGUGCAGAUUUAAUUAUAAAUAAAACUAAACCUGAAAUGCAGCAGUUGCAAUAUGGUACCAUGUUAGUUUGCUGUGAUACCACUAUUACCAAUGUAGUUAAUUCAAUGUUCAAAGAGUUCCCGUCAGUAACAGAAAAAACAACAUGCUCUUCAAACUGUCAAUUAACUACGAAUUCUUUAAAACUGAAGAUUUAUUUAUCGUAUCAGACGGAAAAUGGACAAAUAAAAGACUUGCAAGGUUUUCUCGAUAGUCAACUUAAAUCUGUACAAUCAACAUGUCAAUACAUGGAUUCAGAAAUUGUUUGUAAGGGAGUUGAAGAAAUUAUGCCGAAUAUAUCAGAUAUGCAUUUAUUUAUCGAUGUAUUUUAUUGGGAAGAUGGACUUGUUUCUAACAAUCGUAGUUCGGAAACCACAGAACAAGUGAAAAUGCGACUGUCUGAUAUCCCAAAACUUUUGGUCUACAACGACAUUACAUAUGAGCUAAGGGGAGUUAUUAGUUUUCAACCGGCACAAUCAAAGUUAAGGACAUCAUCAGGACAUUAUAAUGCAUACGCUAUUCGGGGAACUAAGAAUUGGCAAUUGUUUGAUGACCUCAAGAAAAAACCCACUCCUAUAAAAGAAAAUAAAAAAAUAUCAAUUGAACUACUCGUAUACACUAUUUAA